CAAAAAUCUUACAAGAGGAACCCCGAAAAAGAACAGGUUACGAAAGUACUCAAAAGACAGGAAGAAACGAACCAGAGAGAGAAGCCAUGGGUCAGGGACCGUCGAGCGGUUUGAAUCGGCAAGGAGAUCGGAAACCAGAUGGCGGAGAUAAGAAGGAGAAGAAGUUCGAGCCGGCUGCCCCGCCGGCGCGAGUUGGGAGGAAGCAGCGGAAGCAGAAGGGACCGGAGGCGGCGGCGAGGUUGCCGACGGUCACUCCAUCGGCGAAAUGUAAGCUCCGGUUGCUGAAGCUCGAGCGGAUCAAGGACUAUCUGUUGAUGGAGGAGGAGUUCGUCGCGAACCAGGAGCGGUUGAAGCCACAGGAGGAGAAGGCCGAGGAGGAUAGAUCUAAGGUCGACGAUCUCCGUGGGACGCCGAUGAGUGUCGGAAAUCUGGAGGAGUUGAUCGAUGAAAAUCACGCAAUCGUUUCUUCGUCGGUUGGUCCGGAGUACUACGUCGGGAUUUUGUCGUUUGUUGACAAGGAUCAGCUCGAGCCUGGUUGUGCAAUUCUGAUGCACAAUAAGGUGCUCUCUGUUGUUGGAAUUCUUCAAGAUGAAGUGGAUCCGAUGGUGUCAGUGAUGAAAGUUGAGAAGGCUCCUUUAGAGUCAUAUGCAGACAUUGGAGGUCUAGAAGCUCAGAUUCAGGAGAUCAAGGAAGCUGUUGAACUCCCACUAACUCACCCCGAGCUGUAUGAAGAUAUCGGUAUUAAACCGCCCAAGGGUGUGAUCUUGUAUGGUGAACCAGGCACUGGAAAGACAUUGCUUGCAAAGGCAGUGGCAAAUUCUACAUCAGCAACAUUCUUACGUGUGGUGGGCAGUGAGCUGAUUCAGAAAUACUUGGGAGAUGGACCGAAGCUUGUGAGGGAGCUUUUCAGGGUAGCUGAUGACCUUUCGCCUUCGAUUGUCUUCAUAGAUGAGAUCGAUGCCGUUGGUACAAAACGGUACGAUGCUCACUCGGGUGGUGAACGUGAAAUCCAGAGGACGAUGUUGGAGCUGCUGAACCAGCUUGAUGGGUUUGAUUCGAGAGGAGAUGUAAAGGUCAUACUUGCAACGAACAGGAUAGAGAGUCUGGACCCGGCAUUGCUCCGGCCUGGCCGUAUUGACAGGAAGAUCGAGUUUCCUCUUCCAGAUAUCAAAACGAGAAGGCGUAUCUUCCAGAUACACACAUCGAAGAUGACACUUGCGGAGGAUGUGAACCUGGAAGAGUUUGUGAUGACAAAGGACGAAUUCUCAGGAGCAGACAUAAAGGCCAUAUGCACCGAGGCUGGUCUGCUCGCCCUCAGAGAGCGCCGCAUGAAGGUGACGCAUGGGGACUUCAAGAAGGCGAAGGAGAAGGUUAUGUUCAAGAAGAAGGAAGGUGUUCCCGAAGGCCUUUACAUGUAAUUCCUCACCAAUCAACCUCCCUCAGUCCCUCUCUCUCUCUCUCUCUCUCUCUCUCUCUCUCUCUCUCUCUAUCUAUCUAUCUAUCUAUCUAUUUAUGCUCCACUCGACAAGGAUUUUUCACUUUCUUCUUUCCCCUUUUUCUCUGCUUAAUCUUAAGAUGUUGGGUUUCUGUUUCA